AUGCCUUGCACGCUUGUGUGGCCCGCCGUGCGGGCGUGCGGCGUCUGCCGCGCUCCAGGUUCGGAGCGUGACAAAGAUGAUCAUGAAGAAGAUGAUCAUGGCAUGUGGGAAGGCAGUCCCCCUAAUUCUUGUUGCUCGAUGAGCAGGCUGAAGCCUCGAAAGUCAAACACUGCUUCUGUCUCAACCUCUAGUGGAGCUAGCAGCAGUGUGAGGAAAAGAGAGAGAAUGAGGAAGAUGGUGAAAGCUCUAAGAGGAAUUAUACCUGGAGGAGAUCGGUUGGAUACUCCUGCCAUCCUUGAUGAAGCUGUUAAAUAUCUGAAAUCCCUCAAAACGGAAAUGAAGCAGCUUGGGAUACAGAAUUUUGGUGACUAA